AUGGCAGGAUUUAUACGUGUAGAAGAAGACGGUGAAAAACAACAGAAACGUUCAUUAUUACCUUCUUCAUCCUGUUCAGUAGGAAAACCGAAAGGUCGUGCAAGUGCAAAGACCAAAGUUUUUUCACGUUGGCUUUAUGGUGUAUUACGUGGUGAUUUAUUACUACUUUAUUGGCGUCGUACGGACUAUAAACGUAAGACCUCACCGUUGGAUACACUUCAAUUACAGAUGCAAGCAGCUGCUCCAAAUGAAAGUGUCUUUGGAUUUGAUCAUGAAUGUCUCUACGUUCGUGUAAAAGAUUCAGGUCGAGUUGUUGCUCUACGUAUUCACAAACGCAAGGAAAUUGUCCGUUGGGUGACAGCACUUUAUUAUCAGAGUAUUAGCAGUGACUUAUCUAUUCCUGCAACAGAAAAGGAGACACUAAAACAUCAGAGACAAACUAUUGUAGCUACUGGAACAAAUACAGGUUCAAUUCUCGAGACACGUAAAAAGAGGGUGUCGUUUCAGGAAGAACCACAGGUGCGAGUAUUGCCCCAAGAAGCUUAUGAUCGAGCAGAUUUAUUCUACUCGGAGGACGAUUAUGAACAGUUUUUGAUGGAGAGACCUUCUCAUCUUUCUAGUCUCAUGAGCACUAUUUAUUCCAAGACAGCAGCCAAGCUGCGGGUGUCUAGGAAGCGGUAA